AUGGCGACGCCAGAUCUCAAAAAGAUGCAGCUAGUGAGCCAAAACGCCCCCAGUAUACAGCGUUCAGUCACGCUCCAUUUUCAAGGCGACUGGGGCAUGGCCAACUUUCACAGAAUAUGUUCGUGGCUCACGCAGCAACUCUGCGACCGUGCUGGGCCCGAAUCCCAGGUCGCGAUUUGGAACGUUCGCCACGGAGGUAUCGAGGCAGUCACCAAUGUGUUCCACGGUCGGAUGCACAUGGCCAUUGCUACACCUGCCCAGUUGAUGAGCACAGCACUGGAAGGCACAGGAAUAUUCAGGCAGUUUGGCCCUAUGCCGACUCUUCGUGCGCUAGGCGUGCUGCCACAGAACGACCGCCUCAUUUUGGCCAUCCAUCCCAAGUAUGGCGUUCGCUCCUUUGAAGAGCUGCGCGCCAAGAAGCCAGCCAUUCGCAUUGCUACCUCGUGCGACGACGGGACAAAUUUCAUCGGCUACUUGGCUCAUGCAUUUCUCGCAUGCCACGGCAUCACAAAGGAAACAGUGGAAUCUUGGGGAGGGUCCAUCGUGACAUCGCAUCGCCCAGAACAGUCCAUUGCCGAGGUUCUGUCAGGCAACGCUGAUGUUCUUCUCCAGGAAGCUAUCAUGACGCCAUGGUGGGAACAGGUGAUUGAGGAGUUGCACUACGUUCCGCUACAAGCCGAGUCAUCUGCCCUGGCUAAAUUCGCCCGGGAUUACCCCGGAGCAGCAGAUCAGACGUCUGGGGAUCUGCCUGCAGGCUUCUGGAACUCACUGUCGGAGCCUCUUUUCUGUCUUGAUUUCUCAGAUUUCGUGAUUCUGGUUCGCGACGACAUGCCCGACGAUGUUGCACAUCUGUUAACAUGGUGCCUGGUGGAGACCAGGGACAGCAUCGAGGGUCAAUAUCGUCAUCUUCGGCCGGAGCGUAGCCCGCUGACCUACCCGCUGGAUCCCAAGAAGAUGGCCCAAACCCCGGUUCCGCUACAUCCAGCUGCGCGUCAGUAUUAUCGGGACGCAGGAUAUCUUCAGGAAUAG